AUGAGCAGAGCUGUGAAUCGAAAAUGGACUUUGGGCCUCAUUUUCCUCGGCAUAGUGGUCGUACUGUGGAUUCUGUCCUCUUUCCUGAUAAACCUCAUUUUCGAAGAUGGAUCGUACAGAAAACCGUUUUUACUCACAUACGUCAACACGGCGUCGUUCGUAUUCUACCUGUUGCCCACUUUCAAAGCCGUGUGUGUCAAUUACUGGAAAACUGGUAGUUUCCACAUCCACCGCGAGCUCGUGAUCGAGGAAGAGGGACGCAGACCGUCGGACGACGAGUCUCAGCUGGUGCUGCAGCACUCAAGUCUGGAUCCCUCAUCAUCCGAACUCACCACUUCCACAUCGCCUCUGGUGCCAAAAGAUAGCAGCAACGUUCCCACAGAUGCCCUCACGGGCGCCAAGCUCUCGCUGUCGGCCACCAUACAGCUCAGUGCCCAGUUUUGUAUCCUGUGGUUUUUCGCCAAUCUGGUCACAAACGCAUCGCUGUCCUAUACAUCGGUGGCCUCUCAAACCAUUCUUUCAUCCACAUCGUCCUUUUUCACCUUACUCGUGGGAUCAUUAUUCCACGUCGAAAGUAUAAACCGUGUGAAAAUUAUAGGAUCGUUGGUUUCCUUCAUGGGCAUCGUGUUAGUGACCAAAUCGGACGCUGACACUUCCGCCAACGCGGGUGAUAUCCAUUCUGCAGUUCCUUUCAAGUUUCACAACGGCAUAGACUCCAGUAACACCGAGGCUUUUGUCAUAUUUUGUGGAAAUUUGCUCGCCCUUGCAGGAGCACUAUGCUACGGACUGUACUGCACGCUUCUGAAGUGGCGGAUCAAGGACGAAAGCAAGGUCAACAUGAAAAUCUUUUUUGGGUUCGUGGGUUUAUUCACACUUGUACUGCUCUGGCCCACCAUUAUUUUCUUGCACGUCAUGGGCUGGGAGACGUUCGAGUUGCCAAGUACCCCAAGAAUCACAUUUAUCGUUCUUUUCAACUGUUUGAUCACAUUCGUUAGCGAUUUCUGUUGGGCCAAGGCUAUGCUCUUGACAUCACCAUUGACAGUCACUGUCGGUCUCAGCACCACGAUUCCGUUCGCCAUGCUGGGCGAUUUUCUUUUCAAAGAGAGACCUAUGUCAUUUCUCUACUUAUUAGGUGCCGUACUAAUAUGCGGCAGCUUCUUCAUUGUCAACAGGGAUUCCGAAGGAGAAUUGAGUAAUGAAGAGGCUUGA